AUGCUGUCCAGGACUUCGCUGGAUCCUAAAGUUCUCACAGCCGAUACGAAAACUUAUGCUAGUACCGGCAACGCUCAUCAGCUCGAGAGAAGCGCUUGCCUCGCGGCGCUAAAGUCGUGCUCCAGAGCUAGAGACGUCGAAAGUGGCCGGCAAAUCCACGCGAACGCGAGAGAAAGUGGUGUGGAUUCGGACUCUCACGUAGCCAGUAGCUUGGUGGCGAUGUACAUGAAGUGUGGGAGCGUGGUGGAAGCACAGCAGGCCUUCGACAGAAUUCCUCGCCCCGACGCAGUGUGCUGGAACGCUUUGAUCUCGGGCUAUGCGGAGAAUGGCGAGGCCGAGGUGGCCUUGCAGCUCUUUCGAUCGAUGCAACAGUGCUGCGGAGCAAACCCUCGAACUUUUGCCGCUGCGCUCGCUGCGUGCUCCACUCUCGCAGCUGCCGAAGAAGGCCGGAAAGUUGAUGGGAGGAUGGUGAAAGUUUUUUCGCUGCAACGAGGCAUGGAAGUUCAUCGUCAGGCCGAGGCUGCGAUGGGAAUAGAUGCUAUCCAUCGCAACGUCUACGUGGGGAAUGCUCUCAUCGACAUGUACGUGAAGUGCCGGAGCAUGGUGCGUGCUCAAGAGGUUUUCGACAGGAUGAAAACUCGGGAUGUGGUCUCGUGGAACGUAUUGAUGCUCGGCUACGCACAGAGUGGUGAGAACGAGGAGCUAGCUCUCGAGAUGUUUACGAAGAUGGUGUCGUCCCGAGGCUGUCAGCUCGAUAGCUGGAGUGUUGUCGCUGCUCUCAAGGCCUGUAGCAAUCUCGCAGCCAAGGAAGAAGCUCGGAAUGCACAGGAGAAGCUCAGGUUUCUAGUCACGGGUGUGGCGAUCCACGACACAGCCGAGAGACUGGGAUGUGACUCAAACAUAUUCGUGGCCAACGCUCUUCUCAACAUGUACGCAAACUGUGGAAGCAUGGUGGAUGCGAGGAGAGUUUUCGAUAAGAUGCAGCGCUGGGAUGUGGUUUCCUGGAACACGAUCAUCCUGGGCUAUGCUGAGAACGAUGAGGGAAAGAUGGCCCUUCAACUCUUUGGAGAUUUGCUACACUCUCGGUGCUGCGUACAGGACAGGCUGACUUUGGUGGCUGCGCUUAAGGCUUGUUGUACCCUCUCGACUCAAGAACAGGGAAGGCAAGUCGAUGGGAUCGUGAGGCAAGAUCGUGAAGCUGAGUUCGCUGGAAGCAGGAAUGGCGGUACACUCGCUGGUAUCAGAGCGAGGCUUUGA